AACAAGCUAAGAAAAGGAUCCUCUCCCAUCAUGCCUCGGGUGUCGUUCGCCCCUCCCUCACUGUGCUUCACCUUCCUCCCUCUGCUGGACCGCCUCCUCCCCUCUCUUCCCCCCACUGUCCGAGAUGUGGACGUGCCCCCUCUGUUUCGGGAGCGCUUCAUCCUGUCUGGUUACCGUCCUGUGGGCCUGUCGUGGCGUUGUUAUGUCCUCAGCCUCUUCCAGAUACACAACGAGACUCUGAAUGUGUGGAGCCACCUGGUGGCUGCUGGGAUCCUGGGUUUUUGGUUGCAGGGUCCUGAAGGUCAGGGGUUUUCUGUGGAUGUUUCCUCGCUGCCUUUGGUCCUCUAUGUUUUUUCUGCCAUCACGUACCUGAGCUGCAGUGCUGCGGCUCACCUGUUGCAGUCCCACUCAGAGCACGCUCAUUAUUCCCUGUUUUUCCUGGACUACGUGGGCGUUGCGGUCUACCAGUACGGCUGCGCUCUGGCUCUGUGCCUGUACAGUUCCGACACUGCCUGGACACAAAGCAUGGUGGGACAGGUCUUCCUCCCAGCCGCUGCCCUCCUUGCCUGGAUAUCCUGCACCACCUGCUGUUAUGCGAAGCUUCGUUUCCGGCGGCCGUACCCGCUCCACAGGAAGCUCUGCCAGGUGCUGCCUAUGGGCGUGGCCUACCUGCUGGACAUCAGCCCCAUCGCACAUCGCCUCGCCACCCAGAGUUGGACAAGCAACUCUGCACUGACACUGCACUUCAUGCAGGUGGCGCUGUUUCUGCUGUCAGCUUUCUUUUUCUCUUGCCCCAUUCCCGAGCGUUUCUCCUCAGGACGCUAUGACAUUGUUGGUCACAGCCACCAGCUCUUCCACAUUCUGCUGUCGUUCUGCACACUGGCCCAGCAGGAGGCGCUGUUCCACGACUUUCUUUGGCGACGCCCGGCACUGGUCAGGGAGUUUGGACAGGAGCACCUCCUGCUGGCCUGCACCUCAUUCCCCUGCCUGACACUCUGCUGCAUGAUGACAGCACUCACCAUGAGGAGGCGAGCUCAAGCUCAGCUUACGAAAGAGCAAAGAUAGAAGAAGAAGAAGAAGAAGAAGAAGAAGAAGAAGGAGGAGAGGGUAGAAGAUGUGACUUCAUGUACACAUGAGGGAUUUACUUUGUAGUUGACGAACAUGAGAGUUUUUUAAAUGUGUGUGUGUGUGUGUGUGUGUGUGUGUGUGCAAGUGUGUGUGUGUGAGCCCCUCAUACCUCAGGGCAGAAGAUCAUCAUCAAGCUCCAGCACUGAUCUUCUGGAUUUUCUGGUUACUGAUAUUAUACGAUGUUUUAUGUUUUACCAGCCCAGUAACACGCAGUCAGACACUGUAAAAAACAAUUCAGAAUAAAAUUGUGUAAAAUCAGCUCACCUUUAAACAUUGAACUGGAACGGACAAAUGGAUUUGAGUUCUCCUGACUUUUUGUCUAUAAUGAUCACAAUAAACUGCCUAUAUGAAAUACAAACCAUAACCCUACAGACGUGUCUAUAAUAACAGCAGGGCAAAGAGGACUGAACACUGUAAAGGUGAGAUAACACGUCAAAUAUUGCAAAAUGAGUGAAACCAAGUUACUAUGGACUGUAUUUAUUUGUAUGAUCACAG